AUGUUCGAGGAUAACGGGGCAUCUAACUGUUCUGUGAGACAGCAAAACGCCACCAGUAACAAUUUCGAUAGUUCAUUUUACACUAGCAGCCUUAAAAGUGGCGUAUUCAAUUUUACGGCAGAACCUAAAUCGAGCAGUAAUCUAGUCACUUGCGGUUCUAAUAGUCCGUCUACGAAACUGGUUCACACGUCGGAGAAAAGAAGAGCAGAUAACCUGUUUUCAAACAAUGGAAUCCCUCACAAAUAUUACCUAUGCGAGACAGCUAUGGCGAAUCACUUCGCGCAGAUGAAUUUAGCUUUACCUGUCGAUGCAACCAAAAUUGUGAAUAAUAGUAAUAAUAAUUUGCCUUCGGUCGCUGUUUCUCCUUCGUUUCCAUUUGAUCCGAGUCAGGUUGCUUCAGCCCAUCAUAUCUAUCAAAAGUUAUCGGUAUGCACAAGCAAAGAAGCAAACACCAAUAACUCUGAUAAUGAAGAUGAAAGUGAUGAAGAUACAGAAGACAAUAGGUCGCCUUUACGAUUUUCAGACGACUUAAAAGAUCAUUUAAGAUGUAGUCGAGUUAAUCCAACCAAUGCAUUUCUAAAAGGACUGCUUUCAUCUGAACCAUCACUUGCAAUAGUGCCUUUCAAUCCAGAUCGACUCAAAGUAUUAAGUCCUUCUAAUACUUCAAAUGAAUCUUCUAAAGAAGACUCUGGCAUCUCAGCAUUAUCAGAUGAUCAGUUACUUGAUUCUGUUACCAUUUCACCCUCUUCGACUUUCAUAAGUGAUAAUCCGUCUAGCAUGGAUAUUGACUUAGACAUCCCCGUAUAA